AUGCCUCCCAAGAAGAAAGCACGAGCUGAUGACCCAAUAGUUGUGGAUCCCUCAGAUGAUGCCGAAAUUCUAGAAGAAGCUCCUGCGUUGUUUCACGGCCUAGGCUUCCAUAUCACAUCCAGCGUCGACGCUAACAAGGAGCUCAAGGACCAGAUUACUGAAGCUGGUGGCAAAGUAUUCGCUUCAGUCACUCAAAAGACAAAUUAUUUGGUCUUGACACCCGAUGAUCUAGCUGCUCCCCUUAAAGCUCAAAUAAAGAAGGCUCACGAGAGAACUGAUGUCAAACUCGUCAACUCCGGAUUUAUCACAGACUCGAUCAAGGAAGGCAAACUCUUGGAUCCAAAUGACUUUACUGUCACUGCUGAUGCUCAAACUACUUCUGCUACCGCUGAUGCAAGUUCAUCUGCGCCACCAGACGUCAAGGGCAAAGGUCGCAAACGAAAAGCAGAAGCCCAACCAGAACCUGAAGAAGAGGAAGAAUCGCAACCCAAACUUGUAAAACAUAUCAAGAAGGGAAAAGCUGUCGUCGACGCUGAAGUGCCUAAUGCUGCCAAUUAUCAUGUAUACGAAGGAAAUGGUAUUGUUUACGAUGUCAUGCUCAAUCAGACUGAAAUAUCAAAGAACAAUAACAAGUUCUAUGUCAUUCAAGUCCUCAAGUCUGAUUCUGCAAACGAGUAUGUCACAUUCACGAGGUGGGGAAGAGUCGGUUACACUGGUCAGCAAGCUCUCGACAAGUGUGGAGCGAACGUCCAGGCCGCCAUCGCGUCUUUCGAGAAGAAAUUCCGAGACAAGACCAGGAAUGAUUGGGGUGAUCGAGACAACUUUGAAAAGGUUGCUGGUAAAUACCAUCUGAUCCAACGCGAUUUUGGUGAUGAAGAUGAGGAGGACGAAGAUGCCGCAACGGGAAGUGGUGCUGCUGCUGCGCCAUCUCUACCUCCUCCACCAACAACCCUCGAGAAGCCCGUAUAUGAUCUCAUGUCAUUAAUCUUUGAUACUGAGAUGUUCAACAAGCAGAUGGCUGAGAUUGGUUAUGACGCCAAGAAGAUGCCUCUUGGAAAGCUCACCAAGGGCAUGAUCCGACAAGGCUACGACGUGCUUCAGGAACUCUCUGAAGAAAUCAACAAGAAAAAACCCAACGCGAAUACACUGCAACAACUCUCAUCUACCUUUUACACCGUCAUCCCUCAUGAAUUUGGCUUUAGCGUACCCCCAGUUAUACGUACUCCCCAAGACUUGAAAAAAAAACUGGAAAUGGUUGAAGCACUUGGAGAUAUUCAAAUCGCCACGACGAUCUUAAAGAGCCAUGCUGGAGAAAUCACUGCCAAUCCAAUGGAUUUGAACUAUAGUUCUCUGGAAACCACGAUCAAGGCUGUGGACAUAUCGUCCGAUACAUUCAAACUUGUUGUCAAUUACGUCAAAAAUACCCAUGGUGCUACUCACUCUGGUUAUGCUCUUGACGUGGCUGAUGUCUUUGAAGUGACGAAGCCUAUGGAGAAAGAAAGAUUCAAAGACUUGCAUAACAAGCAGUUGUUAUGGCAUGGUUCGAGACUCACAAAUUGGGCUGGGAUUCUGUCACAAUCAUUACGUAUCGCGCCUCCUGAAGCGCCAUCAACCGGUUAUAUGUUUGGGAAGGGAUGUUACUUUGCGGAUUGUGUCUCAAAGUCUGCAAAUUACUGUUUUACGUCGCCUCAGAACAAUACUGGUUUGCUUUUGCUCUGUGAGGUUGGACUAGGAGACGAGCUGGAACUGUUUGAUGCUGAUUAUCAUGCUGAUCGAAAACUUGGCAAGGCCAAGCACUCAACGAAAGGUGUUGGGCGAGUUCAUCCUGAUCCUUCAGCAGCUGUGGUCCUCCCUGAUGGCGUGAAGGUUCCUUGUGGUAAAGCAAUCGAAAACAAGUCUCAUCCUGAUGAAAGAAUGGCUUUACAAUACAACGAAUUCAUUGUCUAUGAUGUGGCUCAAGUCAAGAUGAGGAAAGCUAUCUCAAACGGUCGAAAGGAGCUCAAUAUUAACCUUUAG